AUGGCUUUCGAACCCCGUCCGCCGACCUCCAUCGAGGAGGUGACCGAGACUCACUCGUUCCACGAGCGCCGCACGCGAGGUGGUCCGUUUUUCUUCUAUGAAUUGACGGUCCUGCAACAGCCGGAGCGCGCCCGCGCUUGCGGUUCCGGUCAAAAGUCUGCCGCUGAUCGUCGUCCCGUCGACCCGCCACCCGUUGUUCAACUGAAGGUUAAAAAGGGCAUGAGCAAGGAGGAGGCCAAGGAUGUCACCAUGGCCUACAAUGGAAACUUCUUCCUCUUCGCUGAGCUCGCUCCCGCCCGCCCUAUGGCCCAUGGUCGCGUUCAGACUCCUGCCGCCACCACCACUCCCGUUCUGACUGGUAUGCCCGUCUCCGGCAUGGCCUACCUCGACCGACCCAGCGAGGCUGGUUACUUCUUGUUCCCCGACCUUUCGGUCCGCCACGAGGGCCGCUACGUUCUCGCUUUCCACCUCUAUGAGGAGAUUAAGAAUGUUGAGGACCGUGACCACGACAGCGACCCUGCCGACGACGAGAACCCUUGCUUCCACUACAGAAUGGCUGUCAAGUCCAUUCCUUUCAGCGUCUUCAGCGCGAAGAAGUUCCCCGGUCUCACUGAGUCUACCCACCUCAGCAAGACUAUCUCAGAGCAGGGCUGCCGUGUCCGUAUUAGACGCGAUGUCCGCAUGAGACGCAGGGAGGGAAAGCCAAGCGGCAACGAAUUCGAGAACACCCCGGAGAGCAGCGAGUACAACAGGAACAGCAGAAGGACCCAAACGCCCGAGCUCCGCAGCAAUGCGGAACAGUACCGAGCCAGGUCGGCCAGCAACAGCAGCGAACACCGUGCCGCGUAUCCACCUGCCCCCGAGCGACGACCAUCCGCUGUGGAGUCUUUCCAGCCGCCCCCUCCGCCCCCGCCCCCUCACGCAGCUGGUGCCGCACCAUCAAAUGCCUACCUGCGGUUUGGAGCCGAUACUUCCAGCGCACCCUACCCGCCUCACCAGCAGCACCCUCCGCCCAUGGCUCAACCGCCGCCCAUCUCGCCUACGGCGUCGUACUACUCUAGCCAGCCGUCACCGUACCAGCAGGCGCCUAGCCACGGCUACUCCAGCAGACCCAGCUCGCAGUACGCCCCGAGCAACCCGCCUCCGACGCCCCUUGAUGCGUACGACCGACGGGGAUCUUCGAUGGCAGUGCCACCGUCUCCCUCAGUCUAUGCUCCGAGAGAGGCAGAUCUCAUGCGGCGGGAGUCAGACGUCAGGAGGGAUUCCCUGCCGUCUUACCGUAUGCCACCCCUGGUCGACGUCAACAGGCCGCAGCCUUCAUUGCAACUGCCUCCUAUCCACAGCAUGACUGCACCGCCGCCGCCGCCGCCUCACCUGUCGCGCAACGAUGUUAUUGAGGCUGCCCCGAUCGGCCUGCCCCCUCCCCCUGAGGUGGUUCGCGCUGGUUCAAAGCGUGGAUACACCGACACCUUUACCGAAAACACGCGGUCUCUGUACGACGGACAACGACCUCAAGACCCCCACCACAGCAGCCAAAUGUACAACGCACGAGCAUGGAGUGAAUUGGCAUACAAGCGUGCCGAUGGCUCUGUAGGAUCCAAGCCAUCGAACAACUACCGCGAGUAG